AAUCAUUAGUUCAUUGGCUACUCCUUUUGUGGACAUCAAUGGAUGAAGUUGAAAUCAACAUUAUCAUUUUUUUCUCCACAAUCUUUCUUGCUCUUUCUUACUCUUAUUUCAUAUCUUCAAAGCUUCCCAAAGGUAUUUACAAACUCAUCUCCCUCUUACCGAUCUUCUUUACUUUCUCCAUCUUACCUCUCCUCAUAUCGUCCGCGUUUGCUUCUGCAAUCACGGCCUUCUUCUUCACAUGGCUAGCCAACUUCAAACUCAUCUUAUUCGCCUUCGACCAAGGCCCCCUUCAUCACACAAACUCCCUCAUCCAAUUCAUCAUCAUCGCUUCAUUUCCUGUCAAACUCAAAUCCAACCAUAAUAAUCCCUCUAAAAAACCGUCGUUAAACUUAUGGAUCGAAUUAUUCAUUUUCCCUUUACUAAUCAACUUUAUCUAUACACAAAAACAAAAUUUAAAUCCACAUCUUUUACUAGCCAUCUAUUGUUGCUUAGUUUUCUUACUAGUUGACAUACUAAUUUUCAUUUCAAACAUCUUAACCAAGACACUAAUUGGUGUAGAACUCGAGCCGCCUUCAAACGAGCCUUAUCUCGCUACCUCGUUACAAGACUUUUGGGGUCGAAGAUGGAACCUUAUUGUAACAAAUACACUUCGUCAAACAAUAUACAAACCGGUUAAAUCCAUCUUUCCUAACAAAAAAUGGGCUUGGCUUCCAGCAAUUGUGGCAAGUUUUAUUGUUUCGGGUCUUAUGCAUGAAUUAUUGUUUUUUUACGUGAGUACUAAUGUUACUCCUACCAAAGAAAUGACGUAUUUUUUUGUGUUACAUGGUAUAUGUGUAGUUAUUGAACUAAUAAUGAAAAGGGUGUUGGCCGGGAGGUUUGAGUUGCCGGUGGUGGUUUCUCGGUUGUUAACCGUGGGGUUUGUGGUGGUGACUAGCUUUUGGUUGUUCUUUCCGCCGUUGAUAAAGAGUGGUGCCGAUGUGAAGGUGUUAGAGGAAUUUAGAUUGUUUGUAAUUAAAUUAUUUUAAAAACAUGGUUGCAUGAAAUGUUGAAUAAUGGUCAGUACGUUUUAAAAGUC